AUGCCUUUAUCAAAUAGCCGACAACAGUUCCUGGCGUACGAAUCUCAUGGUGACCAAGAUAUACAUUAUACGAGAAAAGGCGGCGUAUUUAUAUCUACCUGCAUUUGCGUUAUCUUCAUUAUUUUCGCUAUAUUAAUAGCUAUACUUGUGGGUAUAAUCGUAUACUACAUCACAUACAUUAAGGUAUCUCAAAAAUCUGAAGAUUUCUGGGACGAAACAGAUCCAUUUGGUCAAAGUAGCUCACCUUCACCAGACCUACGCCUGCCUUCGAGUGUAAUUCCAAGCUUUUAUAGACUUAAAAUCAAAGCUGAUUUAGAGAACAAAAAUUUCAGCGGAGAUGUAUAUAUUACUAUAAAAGCAAAUAGAAAAGUUAACCAAGUCAUACUCCACUCCAAAGAUCUGGUUAUUGGAAAUGAAUUGACUUUAACAGAACAAAUAUAUGAAAAGCUGGAGACGUUACAUGCAGCUAAAUCAAAACGAGAAAUCGCAACCGAGAAUAGUACUGUAACAGAAACGAAUUCAACAUCACCAAUUGCUACAACGGUAGAACCAGCUAUAGCUGACAAUGGUACUAAUGUAGAAACAACAGAUUCAAACAAUUCAUCCAAUAUUUUAACUACAAUACCUCCAGUUAAUACUCAGGUUACUCAUAGUAAUGUGAGAAACAUAAAUAUUACAUCAAUCAAGUUUAGAUCCGGCGAUCGACUGAUUUUAAACCUCGGAUCAUAUCUGAAUCCUGGCAUUGAUUAUACUUUACAAAUUCCAUUUAAUGGAAACAUUUCUAGUUCAUUGACAGGUUUCUACCAGAGUUCUUAUACAGAGAACAACCAAGUGAGACAGUUAGCUGUAACACAGUUUGAACCGACAUCAGCGAGGGCAGCUUUUCCAUGCUUUGACGAACCAGAAUUCAAAGCAAAGUUUGAGAUAAGCAUCGCCCAUAGGAAUAAUGUAUCUGUAUUGUCCAACAUGAAAAUAGCUAUUGAAGAACCUAUAGAAUCAGAUCCAGAAUGGAAAUGGACACAUUUUGAGAGAUCAGUCAAUAUGUCUACUUAUCUAGUUGCAUAUGUUCUCUCCGACUUUGUAAAUGUAGAAACAAAUUAUACAAGUGUCAGUAAUGUAACAAAACCAAUUAGGAUUUGGACGAGGCCUUCCUUGAUAUCUAAAGCGAACUAUGCACUAACUAUUGUACCUAAGCUACUGUUAUUCUAUGAGGAAAUCUUUGGUGUGCCAUAUGCAUUGGAUAAAAUGGAUUUAAUAGCCAUCCCGGAUUUCUCUAGUGGUGCUAUGGAAAAUUGGGGUCUGAUCACUUUCAGAGAGACAACCCUGUUAUAUGAUGAAGUUGAGGGUAUUCCCCGUGAGAAACAAAACGUAGCUAUCGACGUAGCCCAUGAGUUAGCUCAUCAGUGGUUUGGAGAUCUUGUGACUAUGAAGUGGUGGACAGAUCUAUGGCUAAAUGAGGGUUUUGCCACAUAUAUUGAGUAUGUCGGGGUUGAUCAUAUUGCACCAGAAUGGGAUAUGUUUGAAUCCUUCACAAGGGACAAAAUGAAUCUUCUAAGGACGGAUGCUCUGAAGAACACAGCUCCUGUGUCACAAAAGGUCAUUGACGCCUCAGAAAUAUCGCAGAAGUUUGAUGAAAUAUCAUAUUCCAAGGGCGCUAACUUAAUAAGAAUGUUGAACCACACCAUCUCCAAGGAAUUGUUCUACAAGGGAUUGCUUAUAUACUUGAACCUUUGGAAAUACCAGAAUGCUGAGGAGAACGAUCUAUGGCAGGCGAUGUCUCAAGCUACUAAGGAAUCUCCGCGUCUGAAGGGCCUUUCCGUUGUUGAUUUCAUGAACACUUGGACGAAGCAGCCGGGUUACCCUGUGGUUAAAGUCGUGCGGAACUAUGAGAACGGUUAUGUUACCUUUGAACAGAAUCUCUUCACCAGCAAUAAAAAUAAUAAGAAGGAACAAAAAUGGCAAAUACCAAUAAGUUACAGUACUAACAGUAGCGACUGGGGUACGGAGGCGAAAUUCUUUUUGAACGACAACGCUAUCACGACUCAAAUUGAUAUCGACAACUCGCAGGCACUGUACGUGAAUGUUGAAGCUAUCGGAUACUAUCGGGUUAACUACGAUCACAGAAACUGGGAUUUACUAAAUAAGGCUUUAAAGAACGGUACAAUCACAAACCCGAUAGCGAAAGCUCAACUAAUAGAUGAUGCUUUCAAUUUGGCGAAAACUAACCAAUUGGAAUACAACUACGCGCUUGGAUUAACAACUUGCGUAAUACAUGGAGAGGAAUCUAAAACUGUUUGGGAUUUAUUAUUGAACAAUAUGGCGUUCUUGAGCCACAACUUGCGAGCUACUUCCGGGUAUAUGUACUUCCAGGAUUACAUGAAAAUAAUACUGAAAAAACAAUUAGAACGUCUCAACUACGGUCUGGAUAAACCCAAAGACGAUAACGAAGCGUUCUUAAUAGAGAACUUAGUACUCUGGGAAUGUUUGGUAGAAUCGCCGCGCUGUCUACAAUGGACAAGGGAACAGUUUGAAACUUGGACCAGCAAACCAAAUAUGACUGAUAAUCCUAUUCCAAGCUUCCUCCGUUCCUUAGUCUACAACAUGGCCAUCAAAAAUGGAGGUAGACGGGAAUUUGAAAUACUUUGGAACAUUUUCUUGAACACCACCGAUCCUAAUAUUAAGAACUUGAUCAUAUCGAACUUACCUAGCACUAAGGAAGAAUCAUUGAUAACUUUAUUGCUUGAAAAGAGUCUAUCGGAAAUACCUACGCAGUACGCUAUAUCGGCUUGGAGCGUCGACGCGCCGAUAGGCACUAAGAUAGCUCAAGACUUCCUUAUAGAUAACUUCGACAAAGUAUACAAGAGAUUCAACGAAAUGGAUUCAUUCAUGUUCGCUGGAGUACUGAACGGAGCGUUUGGAUUCAUUACUACUAAUGAUGAAUUAAAUAGGUUUAAAAAAUUCGCGUUGGAGCACAAAGCCGAGCUGCAGCCCGUGUCCCACACGCUACAGAAGAUAGCUGACAGCGGCGCGGUCAGGAUAGCGUGGAUCAACACACACGCUAAGAACAUUAACAACUGGUUCAAGACAUAUGUUGAAGAACAUUCAACAAACAGUCAAACAACGGAGACGCCGAACGAAAACAGCACAGACGGCAACGUGACUUCAAGUCCUACAGAAUAA